CAAAUCCGCAACCCGAAAGCCGGAAACGUCCUCCUCAUUGCGUGCAGUGCUUCGCGCUCGACAACUGAACCGUACUUCUCCUGAGCAACAGCUGAGCUUUGACAAGAGGAAGAUGAACAGAGUUGUCAUGUUGCUGGGUAUGUCGAUCGCCGUCCUGUCCCUGGUGGAUGGAGCCUACCUUGUCAAUCUCGACCGACUCAUGGAUCGUGGAGGACCGAGUAUGCAUCUUUCGUCGAGCAGCAACGUUAAGAGAGAAGUGGAGACGGAGCGUUGUCACCCCACUCAGCCAUUCCGCUGCCCAGGCAAGUCGACGGUUUGCAUCAGUAUUCAGUAUCUGUGUGAUGGAGCGCCAGAUUGCCCUGAUGGAUACGACGAGCACGCCGCUCUGUGCACCGCAGCGAAACGGCCGCCGGUGGAGGAAACAGCUUCAUUCAUGCAGAGUCUACUCAGUCGACACGGGCCCAACUACCUCGAGAAGCUUUUCGGCCCAAAGGCUCGCGGCGCGCUCGCGCCUCUCGGCGGAGUCCAGACGGUCGCUGUAGCCCUGUCAGAGAGCGAGACCCUAGACGAUUUUGGAAAAGCUCUCAAUCUCAUGCGCGGUGAUCUCGAGCAUCUGCGCAAUGUAUUCAUGGCUGUCGAGACAGGGGACACAUCCCUCCUGAGGGCGCUGGGAUUCCGCGAUUCCGAACUUAUGGACAUGAAAUCAUUCCUCGAUCGUUUGGCUUCAACCGGCUUCAUGGAGUAA